AUGUCCGACUGGGACGGGAGCCCCGAGGGGGAGCGGGCUGUGCGCCCCCGGCCCCGGGCCGCCCCUGCCGCCGGCCCGCAGUGCCGCCCGCCGGGCUCCGCUCCGCGGGGCCGCGUCCCCGUGCAGGGCGACGAGGGAUGGAGGGGUGGCGGGCGGCGUAGGAGGGGCGCGGUCAGCCCCGCAGAGGAGCAGUGGGAGCCGCGAGGCGGUGACGGUUCCGGCGGCCCGGGGCGGGCGGCGCGGCAAUGGAGGCCCCGAGCGGCCGCCGGCCGGGCGCCCAGCACCGAGCCGCCCCUGUGCUUCCACCUCGACAGCGCCCUGGUCGGGGCUCUCAUAGGUAGGGGCGGAACUAAAAUUAAAGAACUUGAGGAAUCUUCAGGUUCCAGGAUAAAGAUUACAAGAGGAACCUAUGAAGCUGAAGUAAAGAUUUUUGGCAGCCUUGAUGUGCAAAACAAAGCCAAGAUGUUGAUUGACGAUGCUAUUCUGGAAAGUUCUGGACAAAACAACAACAGAGGUUGGACUGAGAAAGGAAAAACCUUAGAUGUUAUCAAGCCUGAAAAUACCCCAAAGAAAUCGGUGAUUAAUUGGGACUCUCUUCGAGAAAACAGAGCCAAAUAUGAAGCUAUGAAGUGGGCAGACUUGCCUCCAAUUGAGAAAAACUUCUAUAAAGAAUCAUUAAGGACUGCAUCUAUGUCAGAAGAAGAAGUGAAAUUGUGGCGAAAAGAAAAUAAUAAUAUAACUUGUGAUGACUUAAAAGAAGGUGAAAAGCGUUGCAUUCCCAAUCCUGUUUGUAAAUUUGAAGAUGUAUUUGAGCAUUAUCCUGAUAUUAUGACUAAUAUAAGAAAAGUUGGUUUUCAAAAGCCUACACCAAUUCAGUCCCAGGCAUGGCCGAUCAUACUCCAAGGAAUUGAUCUUAUCGGUAUAGCACAGACUGGUACUGGGAAGACAUUAGCAUACCUAAUGCCUGGAUUCAUUCACUUGACUUCACAACCAAUAAGCAAAGAUCAGCGUGAGGGGCCAGGAAUGCUCGUCCUUGCUCCCACUCGAGAACUGGCACUUCAAGUGGAGGCAGAGUGUUCAAAGUAUUCAUACAAAGGAAUUAAAAGUAUUUGCAUAUACGGCGGUGGGGACCGAAAAGGACAGAUAGAUGUGGUUACCAAAGGUGUGGAUAUUGUUAUUGCUACUCCAGGCAGACUGAAUGAUCUUCAAAUGAACAACUUCAUAAAUUUGAAGAGCAUAACAUACUUGGUUUUAGAUGAGGCUGACAGAAUGUUGGAUAUGGGAUUUGAACCUCAGAUAAUGAAGAUCCUCAUAGAUGUGAGACCUGACAGACAAACUGUUAUGACAAGUGCUACUUGGCCUGAUGGUGUUCGUCGCCUAGCAAAAUCCUACUUAAAAAAUCCCAUGAUUGUAUAUGUUGGCACUCUUGACUUAGCAGCAGUAAAUACAGUAGAACAAAGAGUUGUUGUUAUUGCUGAGGAGGAAAAGAGAGCUUUCAUGCAUUGCUUCAUUGAGUCUAUGAAGCCAAAAGAUAAAGUCAUCAUUUUUGUGGGAAAAAAGCUUACAGCUGAUGACUUAGCAAGCGACUUUGGUAUCCAAGGAAUUCCAGUACAGUCACUUCACGGUAACAGGGAACAGUGUGAUCGAGAACAGGCUUUAGAUGACUUCAAGAAAGGCAAAGUUAGAAUAUUGGUAGCUACUGACUUAGCAUCCCGUGGCCUUGAUGUGCAUGAUAUUACUCAUGUUUUUAACUUCGAUUUCCCUCGCAACAUUGAAGAGUAUGUUCACAGAGUAGGUCGUACUGGAAGAGCAGGGCGCUCUGGGGAGGCAGUAACACUGGUCACGAAGAAUGAUUGGAAGUUUGCUUCUGAGCUGAUUGAAAUUCUGGAAAGAACGAAUCAAGUAGUUCCUGACGAGCUUAUUGCAAUGGCAGAAAGGUACAAAGAAUUUCAAACCAGAAAAGAAAAAGAUAUACAAAGACCUUGGAGAAAGCUCUAA